UUUUGGUUUUUGAGCUUUUCAAUGUGUAUGGAUUAUUUCUUAUUGCUGUUGGAUGAAACAGACCCGCUGAUUCUGUUGGAACUUUGAUAUGUUUGGAGUUUCUCUCUUGAUAGAUCUGUGACCGAGGCUCUUUUUCCAUACAUUUCUUUCGUUUCUCUAUUUGCUUUUUCCUUUUCUUUUGUUAGCUGCUUUGGAAUUUUAUGAAUUUGUGAGUGCAUUGUGUUUUUUCGUUGUGAGUUUGAUGUUUUUCUCUGUUUAUAGCUCGUUCCUGGAGGAAUUUUGGUUAAUUGAGGGUCGUAGCGUUUUGGGUUUGCUCAUUUUGAGGUUCAAUGAAGAGGUAUUCAAUUUAGAAUCAUGCAGUGCUCUUCCUGAAGGCAAGCAAAUAUGAAUAUAGAAAAUAAAGUUGCUGCCAAAGUUGAAGAGCCCAGUACUCGAAUGACUCGUGCACGGGCUAAAGCCUUGGAGACUUUACUUCCUGCCUCAAAACCGUCUUUCAAAAAGGACCAGAAGUGUGUUCUUAGAGCCAAUACCAAAAGAACAGCAUCAGAUGAUAACAAAGCUUCUGUUACUGUGAUUUCUGGCCUUCAGUGCAAGAGAAGGGCAGUGCUUAAAGAUGUGACUAAUUUAACUCGUGAGAAUUCUUAUGCAAAUUGCAUCAAUGGAACUAAAGAUCAGACUAGCAAGCAGGCAAGAAAAUGCCCCACAAAGAAGAAUGCAGAGGUAGCUGCUGAUAUCUCUAUGGAAAUUGCAGAGGGUGAAGAGGAUGUAAAAGCUAAGUUAGCUGAAGAAUUGUCAAAAAUAAGAAUGGUGGAAGCACGGGAGAUCACUUUACCAACAAAGACAGAAGGAAAACAGCAAAGAACGUACCGUGGUGCAAGAGAAGGUGUUGUAGCAGAUCCAGUGCUUCCAAUGCUGGCUCUCACAAAACCUGCUGGACUCCGAAUCCCUCAAAAGAAAGAAGAAAAAUGGUUUUGCAAGAAGCUGGACCCCUCAAGUGGUUCAGGCAUAGUGGACAUUGAUUCAAAUCUAAAAGAUCCUCAAGUCUGUGGCAUGUAUGCCCCUGAAAUAUAUAACAACAUACGGGCUAAAGAGCUUGACCAUAGACCUUUGACCAAUUACAUGGAAAAAAUGCAGCAUGAUAUCACUCCAAGCAUGCGAGGAAUUUUGAUUGAUUGGCUUGUGGAGGUUUCUGAAGAGUAUAGACUUGUUCCAGAUACACUUUACCUUACAGUUAAUCUCAUUGAUAGAUUCCUCUCUGAAAAUUAUAUUGAGAAACAAAGGCUCCAAUUGCUUGGCGUUACUUGCAUGCUAAUUGCUUCAAAGUAUGAAGAAAUUUGUGCACCAAGAGUUGAAGAAUUUUGCUUCAUCACUGACAAUACUUACACAAGAAGAGAGGUAUUGAAAAUGGAGAGUCACGUUCUGAAUUUCUUGUACUUCCAAAUCUCUGUUCCCACCACAAAAACAUUUCUGAGGAGAUUCAUUCAAGCAGCACAAGCAUCUUUGAAGGUUCCUUGUAUUGAACUGGAGUUCCUGGCAAAUUAUUUGGCAGAGCUUACUCUUGUUGAAUAUGACUUCCAAAAGUUUCUACCUUCUCUUAUAGCUGCAUCUUCAGUGUUCCUUGCUCGGUGGACUCUCGAUCAGUCAGACCACCCAUGGGGUCCAACUCUAGAGCACUAUACAAGUUACAGCCCAUCAGAACUGAAAACUACAGUACUUGCACUUGAAGAUUUGCAGCUGAACACUAAUGGUUGCUCCCUAAAUGCUAUACGUGAAAAGUAUAGACAAGAGAAGUUCAAGUGCGUGGCAAGCUUGACGUCUCCAAAACGAGUUUUAUCACUCUUCUGAAGAUGAAGAAUAGUUGGCCUGCUUUAACAUGUGCAGUACUUACAUUGAGGGUCAUCCUGACUUUAAAUCACAAACAUUUUCUUUUCCAAUCAAAAGUUUCCCAUUUUUGAUUCUGUAAUAUCUGUCUUUCAUUGUUGUAACAUGUAAUAAUGUGCUGGUGCUUCCAGACCACCAAAGUCCCUGUAACCACUAGUUGCAAGUGUAACACACUUACCUAUUCUCUUGUAACCAAGUAAGUUCUUUCUCAAACAUAGACAAUUUCCUAUUCUCUUGGAAGUUUUAACAGUAGCCAUUACUCACUAGGUUGCAACUAGGCACUGGGAAGGAGAUCACUUUUGUAUGUAAACCUUGUGAAUUAUACAGUGAGAAAAAUAAAUACUUGUGUGUCUUAUAUA